CGUUGACGAAAGCGGAAAUAAACCGCUCUGGUUGCUGUGCUGCAUUUCCGUGAAGCUCAGUGUUGUGAGUGUUGUGCUGGUGAAAGUUGUUUCAGAAUCAGUAAUUAGACUGUGAGCUGUGAAUAUGGAGAAGGAACCGGAAGUGGAGUGUGGCACUUCCGCCUCAUGUAGUGGAAAAUCUAAGCUGGACACACUGUCCAAAGAUGACCUCAUUAAAUUUGCAAAAAAGCAGAUGGCUGCAAUGCAGAAGUUAAAGUCAAAGUGUGCAGAAUUAGAAGAGAAAACAGUGAAAGCCCAUCAAGCUGGAGCAUCUAAUGAAUCUGUGAUACAGGAGCUGACUGAGAGACUGGAUGCUGUAUUGCUUGAGAAAGCAGAGACUCAACAGAUGCUUUUGGUACUACGCAAAGAAAACCAAAAUCUGAGAAACCAAAGAGAAGAGUCAGAAAACACAGUAGCUGUUCUCCAGGAGAAACUGAACGAUUCUGAAAAAGGCCAUGCCGAAAAGAUAAAACUUAUGGAAGAACAGUUCGAAAAAUCACACACAAAGUAUCGAGAGGAACUGGAGGUUUUAAAAAAAAUGGCAGGUGAAAAUGAAGAAAUCCAGAGACUUCGACUUCAGGAGGACUUUAAUUCUAAAAAUACAGCAGUUCGUCAAGAAUAUGAGAGCAAAAUAAUUGACUUGGAGCAAAAUCUGGAAUUGGCUAAAAAAGAAUGGCUAACUGAGAAGGAAAGUCUUAAGGAAGCUCACCAGACUGCUCUACAAAAAACCCAAGAGGAGAUUGACAACUUUAAGGAGAUGAUUUCAGGACUCAACAUACAGCAUGAAGAGGAGGUCAGAUAUCUGGAAGAUCAGCUUGAAAUCAAUGCUGCACAGUUUGAUAUGGAGAGAGAGAGGCUGUUGCUGAUCCAGGAAGAGCUCUCAGAGCAAAUAGCUCUUAAAGAAGGCUACCUUCAGGAUGUUCAAGAGGAAGAAGAAGACCUCACCAGGAGGAGCCAAAAGCCAUUAGAUUUGAUUAAUGCAUCGGAGUCCCCAUUAUUAGAAGACCCAGAGACUGAAGUGGACAAGUUGAGAUUAGCACUAGAGGAUUUGCGGACACAAAACGCACUGCUUAAAGAGGAGUUCACCUUUCUCACUAAUGUGAAUACUAAGCUUGACUGCGAUUUGAAACAUUUAAAGGAGGAGUUCAGCAUGGAAAAAGAAGAACUGGAGUUUAAGAUCAAUGAAUUACAAAUGACUAAAGAGGAAGGUGAGAUUUGCCCUGAAAAGGAGGUCAAUAUUAUAAAUGCAGAAGAGACUGUAACUCUGGAGGAACACAAUCAGAUUCUUCAAAAAUUAAAAGAGUUGCAUAAAACAGAAUUGACAGAACUAGAAGCUUGUCUUGUUUCUCAUCACGAACAUGAAAAAGAGGCAAUCGUUCGAGAAGCACGAGAUCUGCAAAACGCAUGUAAGGUGCUUUCUGAGGAGAAACAAUCUAUCGUCAGUGAAUAUGAGCACACCAAAGAAAUUCUGAGUAACAUUGAGAAGGAGCUUGGUGACCGAACAUCUGACUUUGUGAAGAAAUACAAUGCCAUGAAGGAGCAGGCUGCAGUCUCGGUUCAGAUGUUGGAGGAAAAGCUGCAGGAGAAAGAUGGCCUAAUAGAGAAAUUAAAGAGUUUAGAACAAACACAGGAUCGUUCAGAGCAAAAAAUGUGUUGCAAGGAGGACAUCGUUCCAGAGGACAAAAAAAUCAGCGGGAACAAGGCGUCACUGGAAGAAAUGUUCAUGUACAUAAAACAAAUCCAGAAUGAAUGUAAGCAGGGCGGUAAGGACACUGCACAAAUCACAAUUGAGAAGUUUGAGGACUUAUUAAUAAACUUGGAAGGAGCUUUAGAUGAGAAGAAAAGACUGCAGACUUGUAUAGCUGAGCUGGAGAGCCGUCUCUCUUUCUCAGCUCGUGAAAAAGAUCAACUGUCCAGGCAUUGCAAUCUUUCAGUAGAAGACCUGGCUGUGUCCAAUGAGAAAAUGGCUGAACUACAAAAAGAGCACCAGUCUGCAUUGCAAGAGCAGGACACUUUAAGGAACAAUUUGAAGAACACUAAUGAAAAUCUUUUGAAGGCACGGAAGCAAGUUUGUUACGUCCUUCAGCAGAAUUACUCUGAGGAAAUGGAAGAGGAGCAAGACAUCUCUGUAUUGCUGAACCAUCUUCUAUCCAGAGUGGAAGAAGAUAAAUCAACCUGUAUUGUAUCAAAUGAGGAAAAGGAUAAACUACAGAAAGACCUGCAAGCUUUGUUUGAUGAGAAAAAUCAUUUAAAGACUGUUCUUGAAACUAGUGAAAGAAAACAUAUUGAAACCCAAAGGCAUGUCUGUGAAAUGCUGGAGCAAAACUACUCUGUGAAAAUAGAUGGAGAGGUGGACAUUUCUGUGCUUCUGAACCAUCUUCAGUCUAACAUUCACAAAGACCAAAAGAGCAACAUUAUGUUAAAUGAGGAAAAGUUGGAUCAACAAAGAGACCUGGUGAACAUGGUUGAAGCAAGGGAUGAUCUAAAGGAGCGUUUAGAAACCCAUGAAAGAAAACUUUCUGAUGUACAGAAGAACAUCUGUGAAAUGCUGGAGCAAAACUACUCUGUGAACGUAGAUGAGGACGAGGACAUCUCUGUAUUGCUGAAGCAACUCCUGUUAAGUGUUCAAGAAGAGAAACUGAUGUUAACACAGCAGUUGCAUGAAAAAACAGUGCAGUUGUCUGAGCUCAGGGAUGGAGGGCUCUUACCGAAGACGAGCCUAAACGAAGAACAGUCAGAUGCUGAACAUUUGCAGCGAGACCAAAAUGAGCAGGCUGAAAUAACAGGGAGGUUGGUGGGCCAAGACCAUGAAGAAUCUGCAGUUGAAGGUGGUGCUCAGGAAACUGAUGACAUGAAACGUCUCCAACAGAAGCUAAGUGAAAAAGAAUCCAUGUUAGUCCAUCUAAAGGAAGAAAUUUCCCAUUUACAGGAAUCCAAGCUAUCUACACUUAAUGAAAAUAUGAAGCGAAUAGAAUUUUUGGAAAAAGAAAGCAAAGAGAAAGACGAACGUUUGAAUAAAUUCAAAGCUGUAGCGGUGAAAGCGAGGAAGGAACUGGACAGCAGCAAAAAAGAGGCAUCUAGACUGAAAGAAGACUUGGAGGCUUUAAAAUCUGAAAGAGACAAAAUGUCAGACUCCAUGAAGGCUAUCAUCCAUGGUGCAGAGGCCUAUAAGAAUCUUAUGAUUGAUUAUGACAAGCAAACUGAGCUGUUGGAUAAAGCGAAAGAGAAACUGGAAGCAUCAGAAAAACUGGCUGGUGAUUUAACCAAACGUCUUCAUGUCACUGUAGAACAGCAUAAGCAACUUUCCUCUGAGAGAGAAGACCUAAUGGCUCAUAUCGAGACUCUCCAAAAUAAUGUUCGACAGCUGGAGGCACAGGCUCUUGAUAUGCACAAACUCAAAUCCUCGGUGGACAGAGACUUGGAAGCAGAAAGGCGUUUGAAAGAGCAAAAAAUAAAGGAACAUGCCUGUGCUGUAAAGGAAGUUGAGGAGCUCAACGCUUUGCUACAGAAACAGAAACAGCAGUUGCAACAGACAGUGCAAGAACUCGAGCAGCUUAGAAAGGAUGCCCAGCAAAACUCUUUGAUGGAUAUGGAGAUGGCAGAUUAUGAGCGUCUGGUCAAAGAGCUCAACCUGCAACUUUCUGACAAGGACAGACUUCUAGAAGAGCAGGAAAGACAAACACAAGCUCAGAGAGAGAGGGAGGAGAAACUUGAGAAGGAAAUAGAGUCUUUAAAGUCACUUGUGGACAGCGGAGAAGAGAAGACUGCAAAGGUUAAGCAGCUGCUGGUGAAAACUAAGAAGGAUUUAGCAGAGGCCAAGAAGGAAGAAGCAGCUCAACUGAUCCUGCAGUCUUCUCUGAAAGGGGAAUUAGAGGCCAUUCAACAGCAAUUGGAGAACCACAAGAUUCAGUGUAGUGAACUAACUGCAGACCGGCACAAGCUCCAGGAGCAGCUAAAGUCAAUAAGUGAUCAGCAUCAGAAGUCGGUCACUUCCUACCAGCACCAAGUGACCAAUUUGCAGAAUGAUCUGAGCUCUGCAACGGUUGAACUUGAGUCCACAAAGUCCGAGUUUGAGAGUUACAAGGUGCGAGUUCACAAUGUGCUCAAACAGCAAAAACAUAAGAGUUCAUCUCAAAGUGAUGGGGAUUUUUCCAAACAGGACAGGGAGAACGUUGAGGCAAUGCUAGAGCAGCUGAGGUCCAAACUGAAAGAAAGUCAACUUAACGCACAGAGUAGUAAUUCAGAGCUGCAGCAGCUUCAGACUGAAUAUGACACACUUUUGGAGCGUCACAACAAAAUGUUGCAGCAGACCAUCAAUAAAGAGGCUGAACUCCGAGAGAGGUUACUGUCGCUGCAUUCAGAGAAUGUAGCACUAAAAUCAGAGCACAGCCAGACAGUGGCGCAGCUAACAGCACAAACUGAAACAUUACGUAGUAGUUUGCGCGACCAGUUGCACCACUUGCAGGAUGAACAUCGCAGCACAGUAGAGACCCUGCAACACCAGAUCAACAGUCUGGAGACCCAGCUGUUCCAGCUGCAAAAAGAACCUGCUGCAUCAGCUGCACAACCACAAAGCAAGAAGCCUCAAAUAGACAAGAGGCUUUUGGAUCUGCCUUUGUUUGAGAUGAACAUGGCACGAGAGGAAGGAGAAGGAAUGGAGACAACAGAAACAGAGUCUAUCGCCAAUGCAGGGACUCCUCCACCCAGUCUCGAGCAGCUCCUCACUUCACCUGACCCCAAACAUGAGCCCUUUGUGUGGCAGGUGGAGCCCACGAAGGAGGAGUUAACUAACAAACUGAAUACAGCCUCCCGGAGCAUGGAGCACAUGAACAGACUGCUACACGAGAGUGAAGCCACCAACGCCAUCCUCAUGGAGCAGAUCAAUCUCUUGAAGAGUGAGAUGCGCCGUCUAGAGCGGAAUCAGGAGCGAGAAAAAUCGGUGGCAAACCUGGAGUAUCUGAAAAACGUGUUGCUGCAGUUUAUCUUUCUUCAUGCUGGAAGUGAGAAGCAGGCCCUGCUCCCUGUCAUACACACAAUGCUGCAACUCAGCCCAGAAGAGAAGAGCAAACUGUCCGCAAUAGCACAUGGUGAAGAAGAGGCUGCAGCAUCUAGAGGAUCUGGGUGGACCUCAUAUCUCCACAGUUGGUCUGGGAUCAGAUAAGAAUCCAAAACCUCAAGUAUCCACCGUAUCUGGGAAUGUCUAAGGAAAAUGUUUUCUUCUUUUUUUUCUUUUUCUUUUUUUUUAUAUGUUUAUUUUUCUUAUAGAGAUCACAUUGUGUUGACUUGAUAUUCAUGUCUCAUAUUUUCUGUAAACACCUUUGUCAUCUUUAUCUAUUAUACAUACAUAUCUAUUUAACGCCAAGAUUUAAUAUAUUAAUUAAUAUAUACAUUUUAAUGCUACAAUGAUUAUAAAUAACCGAAACACUGAAAGGAUUAUAAUAAAAUUAUUUUCCUAGACAUUGUAAAUCUGAUCUAUCAUCUUGUGAUUGCAAUCAACAAUAAAAUUGUCAUCACAGUCCAAAAAUAA